GGGAGGUUUCCUGGAGUUUCGGCUUCGAGCAUGAGGGCCCGGUUUAAAAUGAAAAAUUUUGAAGGGUCUUCUUCAAACGCCGAGAAGGUAGAGGGUGAGGUUGAGGUUAACCAACCGGCACAGAAGAAAAAGGGUAUUGUUUUUAAGAAGAGAAAAUCUGAGGUGAUUAAUCUGGAGGAAGGGGAAAAAGCGGUACCGUUGAGUGAGUUAUCGAAUUUUACUGUUAAACAAGAAAAGCUGCAUUCUUUCGAAGAAGAGGGUGAUGGCUCGUCUGUGUGGGAUAAAAAGUUCCCUUUCAAUGUCUUGGCAGAUGAGAUUGUUCAAUCUGCUCCCGACGUUGCUCGCAUUGAGGAAGUUGGGGAUGUUGGGAUAGAUCAAUUCAUGCAGGUUCUAGGUUUUCGACUAGUUAGCAUCGGGCGAAGUCAGGAAAAAAGGCAUAAGAUGAUGCUGGGUAAUAAUUUAGAAAUAACUGAGCUAAAGGAGCAAUUGAAGUCAAAGGAAAUUGUUCUUACCGAGCUUAAAGAAGAGCUGUCAGUUUCAAAAGAAAAGCUGAAACUUGUGAAAGAGGAUCAUGAAAGGGCAGUAGAGUCUCUAGGAAAAAAGGUAAACGAACUGUCUACAAUGAGCGACCAGAUCAUUGAGGUUACAGCAAAAUUGAAACAUAUGGAGUCUAAUCAUGAAGCUGAGAUCCUUGAUGCUUUUGCCGAGGGUUUUGAACGUGCCGUUAUUCAAGCGAAGUUCUUACAUCCUGAAGAGGAUUUUGCCGCUUUGGAUCCGAGCAAGGUGGUUCGGGAUGGUCAGUUGGUUGAUGAUGAAGAAGUUGUGGAGGAAGAGGGUAAUAAUAAUUUAGCCGAUUAAGAAAUGUUUGAAGUAAUUAGUUUUAUAUUUUGUGAUGUGUUGAGAGAUGCUAAUACUCUCAUGAACACUAUGUGCUUUGAUUAAAGUGUGUAUGGCCCCUUUAAUGACUGUUAUUUUGUUUGCUGACAAUAUAUUUGAAUGGUUUAUUGUC